GGGGGAGUUGUCUAGUCUGCUGUUUGUCUCCCUCUCGUCGUCUGGCCUACCCAAACAACGCAGAAAAGUAAACACAAAAAUACUCUUUCGUUUUUAACCAUCACGGUGAACUGGGUGAACUGUUGAAUUUUGGGAAAGUUUUCCAGCAUAAUCAGAGCAGUGAAUGAGCUGAGAAUAUGCCGCAAGAGUUCCAAGUUUUAAGGUGUUACGCCUGCUCCACUUACCAGGUACACUUCGUAAAGAAAUGUAGCAACAAGUGGCAGUGCAAGAUGUGCAACGAAAAGCAAUCUUUAAAACAGGUUUUUGGACGAGGGACAGGACAAGAUUGUCGUCUACACGUUCAAAAAUUAAAUGCUCAAAGGCUAACCAAUGAAGUGGCCCUUGCUCCACCGCAACCCGUUGAGCAGAUCCAGACUGAAGAGCAAGAUCAAACUUUCAACCCAUUUCUGCAGCCUUUCCAGCCGGUGGCUGCUGGGAGCAAAUGGAUUAGUUUUCUGCAAAAAGAGAAGACAGAUGUUUCAAGUGACGAGGAAGAUCCCUUUCAAAAGGCUCUCAGGGCCGGAGAUCUGCAGAGGAUUAGGAAGGCUAGGGCACCUAAAGUGGCCAAACAAACUGCUAAAGGUCCAGAUGAUGCGAAUUGCGGAGGGAAAUGCAGCAACAAAAGGGCGAGUCCAAAUCCAAAUGUUUUGAGUGCCACUGCUAAGAGGUCAAAGGUGGAGGAAUUCAAAGGUAUCGGCGAAAAUGCAGUCGCCAAAAAGCCUGCUAGCAAGUGGGGACAGUUUUUAGCUGAAGAGGAAGAAAAAGUUGAGGAUGGAAUCAAUAAUAAGUUGGAAGUCAGUCCAAUUUUGAGCUGUGCUUCAGUUAACGACUUCAGCAAGAAUUACCUUCCUAAUUCUAGCCAAAAUUCUGCGCCCAAGAUGAACAACAAGAAAAGCAAAUGGGAAAAGUUUUUGCCGAUACAUGAUCCAGAUGACAACUUAGAGGAAAAUUCUCCUCAAACAAACUCAUGCGAAAGUGAGAAAAUGGAAAUGCAGUGUAGUGAUAGCGUUGCAAACAAAGAUCUAGUCCCGAGGGCAACUUUGCAAGGUGUACAGCCAAGAGAGUCAUACAAAACUUCCACAGUUUCUUCUGUAAAAACGCAAGGUGGUAUUGAUUUUGUGCUUGAUGAAAACAUUGGAGACGACGAACUUGAUGCACUUCUUACUUUGUGAAAUUACUACACAGUCCUGUUGUUGCAGUUCUUCAAAACUUCAUCUACAGAUAUAAUGAACUAUCAAAUGUUAAAAAUUCUGUUUCCAAAAAAUUAAGUAGCCAUCAUGAAAUUAUUGUAUUAUUAAUUAACCACUUCCACCCUAAGAAAUCAUAGUUGUUUUUACAAUUGGCGUCUUUAUCGUUUCUUUUUAUUUAAAAAAAAACGCAGCUUAUUUCACAAUAAACCACGGUAAGCUGCCGAUGCUUGA